AUGGACUUGAAUCAGGACCUGGUCCCUGUGGCCGCCGAUUGUGCAGAAGCGGAAGCCACGUCAGAUAUGGUGGACUAUACCUUUGCAGUGUUUGCACUCGAAGUGCUGUCCAGUGCAGGAGUAACGACGGGAUCUGAUAGCCAAGGACCGUCCAAUGCGCAGCUUCCGCGGAGCAUAGCUAUAUUUCUUGGAAACGCCAUGCAGCGAUGGCCGCUCGACCGCGGCGAUUUGGAGGCGGCGACUCUCAAGUUGGCCAUCAACACCACAAACACGGAACACGGAGCCGCAGCAUUUGCCAACGCCGACCUGUUAUCGCUCCUAGCCGAUCGCAUCGGAAGCGGAUAUAGAAUGGUGCAGAACGCCAUUGGCAGCGGUCCACUGGAGGGCGACUUUUACGACGAACUUGUCCUGCUGCUCGGGGUCAUGAUCAAUAUUGUGGAGCAUAGCCCGCCAGCUCGGGCAUCCGUGAGGGACGAGGCUCUGGACGGGCUUGUAGCCCUGUGGCACGGAAACCGCCAGACUGUGAGCGAGGUCAGCGUAGCCCUCGGUUACCUGGCGGUACUACUUGGCUAUCUGUGCCUGACGACGAGAGGAAGAGAGAGAAUCAAGGCGCGAUUUGGCAAUGGCGAGGGUAUCCAAAGCUUGGUUGGGUCCAUUCGAGACUUCGUCGCCAUGUACAAGACGGUUGACAGCAAGGUUCAUGAGCUGGAGGCGCUUGUCAACGAGCUCCGCAGUCACGAUGCGCGAGGCAAGUAG